GAUUUUACCCAUCUCUUUAGCAACGAGGAUUUAAGCUUAGAUGGUUAAACGAUCUCAGUAUAUUGAGACUUAAAUCUGAAUAUAUAUAUAUAUAUAUUUAAAAGUUGCCAUUCCAUAUUGGAGUUUCGACUGGAUUGAAGAUCAUCACACAAAAGACUAAAAUUUGCAUGGCGAUAUCCACAGUCUAGAGUCUUUUAACUGGAAAUUACAUUACACACGUAAACAAUCAGCGAUGGUGCCCUCAAUAUGCCGUGCUUGCCUGGGGACUUCCGAAAAAAUGGUCGAUAUUUUUGAAGGGACGCAAGAACCAGCUGUUUCCAUUGCGAAAAUGAUUUCCGAAUGCACCGGCUUUACGGUUGAAAAAGGGGAUCAAUACCCAAACGCCGUCUGUCCUUCCUGUCUGCAGAAUGCGAAGAAUGCUUUCGAAAUAAAGCAAACUUAUGAAAGAAGCUAUCAGUUCUUCUGUCAGUUAAAGGAGUCAGAACUGAAGAUCGGUGAGAUAGAAAACGUUGUACCGAACGAUGAGAAUCACGUUGAAAAUGAUUUACAAUUAGAAGAUUAUGAUGAUAAUGACGAUGAUGAAAAUUAUGAGCCUAGUUAUGAUGAUAGUGACGAUAAAAGCAGCGAUCAUAAAUGCUCUCAGUGUCCAAAGACUUUUGUAUCGAAAUCAAAACUUCAAUUACAUUUAAGAACGCAUUUAGAUGAAGGACCGUUAAAAUGUUCCCUCUGCUCAAAAACUUUCCACCGAAUUUCAUAUCUUCAGAAACACUUGAAAUACCAUGGGGAACGGCCGUUCAAGUGUUCCCACUGCCCAAAGACCUUUGUCGAAAAUGGAGCUCUUCUGAAACACUUACGAAUUACCACAGGAAAGCGGUCGUUCAAAUGCUCCUACUGCUCGAAAUCUUAUAUUCAAAAUUCAAGUCUGCUGCAACACUUAAGAACUCACACAGGAGAACGACCGUUUAAGUGUGCCCACUGUCCAAAGUCAUUUGCACUGGAACAAAGUCGAAAAAAACACUUGCGAAUGCACACUGGAGAAAGGCCUUUUAAGUGCACCUACUGUUCAUCGGCUUUCACACAGAAACAACAUCUAGAAAAGCACUUGCGGAUCCACACAAGGAAACAACCGUUUAAGUGUUCCCACUGCCCAAAGACAUUCGUACUGCAUCGAGAAUUUAACGAACAUAAAGUAAUUCAUAAGGGAGAACGAAGGUUCAAGUGUACCCAAUGCCCAAAGACUUUUACAAGAAAUGUACUUUUAGAGAUACACUUGCGAUCCCACACAGGAGAAAGACCCUAUAAGUGUUCCCACUGUUUAAAGACUUUUAAAGCGGCGAAAGUUCUUCGCGAACACUUGCUUGUCCAUAGUGCGGAGCGACCAUUCAAGUGUUCUCAAUGCUCCAGGACUUUCAAACUUAGGUCAGUUCUUCGAACACAUAUGAAGCUGCACUCUGGAGUACGACCAUUUAUGUGUACCUUCUGCCCAAAGACCUAUAUUUCAAAUGCAACUCUUCAGUUUCAUUUGCGAACCCACACUGGAGAACGACCAUUCAAGUGUACCCUCUGCCCGAAGUCUUUUAUCCAGAAAUCAAAUCUGCAUCGUCACUUGCAGAUUCACUCAGAAGAACGACCAUUCAAGUGUUCCCACUGCUCCAUGGCAUUUAAGGCGAAGAACGUUCUUAACGUUCACUUGAAAACUCACACAGGAGAUCGACCUUUCAAGUGUACCGAGUGCCCAAAGACUUUUAUUUUGAGUUUAGGACUUGAAGAUCAUUUGCGUACUCACACAGGAGAUCGACCUUUUAAGUGUACACACUGUUCAAAGUCUUAUAACACCAAUUCAAUUCUUAAGAGACAUUUGCGGAUACACAGGGAAAAACGAUACGACUGUAGUCACUGUUUAAAGUAUUUCAAAGUUAAAUCAUCGCUUGAACGACACUUGCGAACUCACAAAUCUUAAAUCACACUUGCACAUCUCAUGAUCUUUUUUUGUACUUGUCAUAAUGAAAAUUCUGCCUUUCAGAAAAUAAAGAUUAAGUUGUACCGAA